UUAUGAUGUAUUGGAAAUAUUCCACUGAAGAAGCAGAUUGUGAUUGAACCUUAUAACAAUAAAGAAAUGGAAAGCUACAAAGCAAUGAUAAUACUUUUGGCAGUGAUGUUAAUGUCAUAUGUCCCAUUUGCACCUGCAGUCAUAGAUUGCCCAAUAGUGAACCAGCUAUUCUCAGCAUGCUCCAUAUUCAUCACAUAUGGCUCGCCAGACCCCAUGCCAGGAACACCAUGUUGUGAUGCAAUGUCUGGAUUGAACAUCAUUGCUAAUGCUAACUCUGGUGACAAUAGGCAAUCUGUUUGUAGGUGCUUAAUGGGCCUCGUUGAAACCUAUAACCCAAAUGCCACUGCUAUUGGUACCUUACCGGGCCUCUGUGGUGUCUCUUUGGGCUUCACCAUUGAUCCUAACACAAACUGCGGUUUCUAAUUAACUCUUGUAGAUGCAUGCAUGUGAUGCUCAUUUAACACAUUUAGGAAUAAUUGUUGAAGGAUCUAUAACAGAUCAAAUAAAAUAGAAAAUGUUCAGACUUGGAGGAGUUUUUAAAGUUUCAGUCAUGCAGAAUGUAACAAUAAUAAAGUGUUGGUUUUGGUUUCAGAUACUAGAUUUUAAUUAUUGUACAUUAUAUUAGUGUAAUGUAAUGCAAUUAAAGUUUGAUUUCAGUCAUGCAAUUAACCAAGUUUGAUUGGUUCUAAUCUCUACUAACCACUUGAGUGAUACUUAUCCUACAAAAUAGGACAAAGGCUAUGGUUCACUGUUUUGUAAUUAAUUAUGUUUGGUGGUUGUUGGGUGUGUAGAGCAAUGAUCUCAACCAUCUCCAAAUGCAUCCAUUGUGCCUACUACCUCACUUAAUUAAACUAAGCUAUGCAGCAGUGAAAGCUUUCAA